AAGGUUAGUUAAUAGACUAGCAGUGUAGUACUAGAUAUUUGGGGAGGCGGACGUAGACACACGGUGGACUCGUGUCGAAAUGCCUCAAACUUAGUCUUACACGCCAUUCUCACAAGCUUCCUUUUCUUCCCUGCAACUCUCUCCUACUAUUUAUACACACAAUUUCUACUUCCCUCCUCUACAGUUUUCUCCACCUCUCUCUAUCUGGAUUCGACGUAAAAUGGCGUGUACGGAAGUAUAUUCAAUUUCAAGUCCAAAAAUGGAAUAUGUUGAAGGACGGUGCUUCAGUUUUAUUAAUUCGUCGACUAGUCUAAAAUUAUGGCCUAUGAUUCGGAGAACGAACUCUCCAAUUCGAAGAGAAAGAAAAUUAGGUGUGAGUUGUUCAUCGCCAAAUACUUUGUCUCCAUUAGGAUCGGAGGAGGAUGCAAGUGUUGUACCUAGCAGUCACUUCUUAGAAGAUGAGUUUAGCCACGUCACGAAGUUCAAAAUGUCCGAUUUUAAGAUACGGAAUCGUGUCAGCAUUGACCUUGGUGGCAGGGGCGAUGAGAUAGUGUUUGAAGCUAUGGUGAAUGAUCCUCAUAGUCCAUUGUAUAAGACCAGAGUUGUACUUAGGCAACUUAUUAGUGCUCGAGCAAAGCGGAGAGGACGUCGUGCGAUAGAGGUAUUGAAGAGACUGGCACGUCGUAAGCUCAUGUAUCAUUCAUACUCGAUGCAAGUUCAUGGGUAUAUCUGCUCAUCCAUGACAGAUGAGAACAGUUCAUUCACCCUAGUCCUUGGGCAUCAUGGAAGUUCUUCACUGAGACAUUGGCUUCAACGAUCUGAUUGGCUUCCAACUCUAGAAGCUACUCUUUCUCUAGAUCAGGAGUCUGUUAGAAGGGUGGGGGAUGAUACAAUAGGAGGGCCAGCUAUUUCUCGACAACUGCGACUAAUCCGGAUCUUAAUGAGGGAUCUCUUGAUUGGAGUGAACUAUGUGCACAGUCAUGGUCUUGCACAUACAGAGUUGAGGCUUGAAAAUUUGCACAUCAGUCCAGUGGAUAAACAUAUUAAAGUAGGUAUAUUGGGAAAUGCUGCUGACUUUAAUGAGGCUGAUACUGUGGAUGGCACAUCAUAUGACAAUAUGGAUAGGAGGAGAAUGAUGAUUGCAUUUGACAUGAGAUGUGUUGGAUUCAUCAUGGCAAAAAUGGUUUUGAGGGAACUCAUGGACCCAACGAUCUUUGCCAAGUUCAAAGCAUUCCUCACCAAGGGAAAUGAUCCCUCCUGUUUGCGCGAGUUUCUUCUACAUGCUGUAAAAAGAAAAUCUUCAGCUGGAAAUUUUGGUAUACAAAUACUUGAUAGAAACUGGGGUGCAGGUUGGCAUUUGCUCUCAUUACUCCUUGCACCUAAACCUUUGGACAGGAUAAGUUGCUUAAAUGCUCUGAGGCAUCCCUUCUUGUGUGGACCAAAAUGGCGUGUAAGCCCAUCUAUUGAUGUAAUCAGAUGGAGUCUUGGCUCAACUACUGUUCGAAUUGCGGAGGAGUACAUUUAUGGGCAGCAGCAGCGGAGUAGGCUUGCUCAUUUCAUUGAAUUAAUGGAGAUGCUAAAUCCUUAUCCAAAACCAAAGCAUUGGCUGGGAGCGUUUCCUGGAAAGUGGCGUCUGUUAUACUGUACUGGUAGACAUAUAGGAUUGACCCUUAGACAGCCUUCUGUUAGAGUACUCAUUGGGGAAGUGUACCUAACAAUAUCUAAAGCAUCAACACCUAAAACAACAUUUUCAGCUGCCUCACAUAUAAGCUUCAC